AUCCGUGCAGAGAUUUUCUUUCUCUCUGUCGCUUCGGCUCUCGCUUCGCUAAUUGUUCCUUUCGACGGUUCGACGUCUCUCCAGUCUAAACGCAACGAGCAAAGCAGCAUAAGCGAUGGCGAACCUUUGGCGAGCUGCGUUUGGUGCCACCCAGAAGACCGACGACUACGACGGAGUGGAGUUUUGGUCGAAUCCCGAGCGCACUGGGUGGCUCACGAAGCAGGGCGAGUACAUCAAGACAUGGCGUCGCCGGUGGUUCGUGCUCAAGCAAGGCAAGCUUUUCUGGUUCAAAAACUCCUACAUCACGCGAGCCUCCAAGCCCCGCGGCGUCAUCCCCGUUAGAUCAUGCCUUACUGUGAAGGGCGCCGAAGACAUCCUUAACAAACAGUUCGCUUUCGAGCUCUCAACCAGCCGAGAGACCAUGUACUUCAUCGCCGAUUCCGAGAAGGAGAAGGAGGAGUGGAUCAAUUCGAUCGGGCGCUCCAUCGUCCAGCACUCCCGAUCUGUUACCGAUUCUGAGGUCGUCGAUUACGAUAGCAAGCGAUGAAGGAAGUAUUUGAUCAGAUUUAGGUAUACUAGGUGCGUUCCAUCCUGUCUCGUCACGUCGAUCCAUGAAGUGCGGAUCUUUUAUGUGUAUAUUAGUUGAGAUCGUUUGGCGUUUCAUCUGUGGGAGGACUUGUUAUUGAUUUCUGUUCUUCUUUGUAUAGAACUUGUUCUGUCAUUCUGUUAAUUCCAAUUCCUGCUUUUUGUCGUGAAUUAUUCACUUGUUCUUUUCGGAUCCUAACGGCAAUUUGGUUUGAUUUUUGUGUUUA